AUGCUUCUAUUUUUACUAGUCCCGGCUAAUUUCCUGCCAUAUGGGGAUGGAGACUUAGUAAAUCCUGUUUCAGAUGAUGGAAGCUCUGAUGCCAUUUACUUGCAGCAGCCUUUCAAAUACUUUGGACGCACAUACAAUCAGAUCUUUGUGAAUAACAAUGGUCACCUGACUUUUACGCAACCACUGUCUGCCUUCGUUCCUUAUCUGAACGCUGGAAUAGACAUCAUUGCUCCUCUGUGGACAGACCUUAACAAUGUCAACGGUGGAACUAUCUCCUACAGAGAGGAUAGAAGUAGUGCUGUACUGGCACAAGUCACUCAAGCUGUUAACCAAUAUUUCCCUCACAUUGGUUUUACCGCUACAUCAGCCUUUGUGGCUACCUGGGACAGUGUGCCAUACUUCUCUGGGGGAGGGGCUGGUUAUGACACGCUGGACUCUGUCAGUUCUUUCACAAUUCCAGCAGCCAGUGCCCCAGAACUCUCAUCCAGCAGUAAUAUCAAUGUGAAUGGUCGCUGGUCUUUCCAUGUUGAUGGUUCGCUAAACUGUAAGCCAGAGUUGCCUGUUUGUCGGCAACUGCCGGCUAAUUUCCUGCCAUAUGGGGAUGGAGACGUAGUAAAUCCCGUUUCAGAUGAUGGAAGUUCUGAUGCCAUUUACUUGCAGCAGCCUUUCAAGUACUUUGGACGCACGUACAAUCAAAUCUUUGUGAAUAACAACGGUCACCUGACUUUUACUCAACCACUGUCUGCCUACGUUCCUUAUCUGAACGCUGGAAUAGACAUCAUUGCUCCUCUGUGGACUGACCUUUACAAUGUCAACGGUGGAACUAUCUCCUACAGAGAGGAUACAAGUAGCGCUGUACUGGCACAAGUCACUCAAGCUGUUAACCAAUAUUUCCCUAACGUGCCUUUUUCCGCUACAUCAGCUUUUGUGGCUACCUGGGACAGUGUGCCGUACAUCACUGGUGGAGGGGUGGUAACUUUCCAAGUGGUUUUAGUCUCCAAUGGUGACCGCUCUUUCAUCCUGAUCAACUAUGGUGAUAUUGCAGAAACAGCACAAUCUUGGCUGGCUGGUUAUGACACGCUGGACUCUGUCAGUUCUUUCACAAUUCCAGCAGCCAGUGCCCCAGAACUCUCAUCCAGCAGUAAUAUCAAUGUGAAUGUCCCGGCUAAUUUCCUGCCAUAUGGGGAUGGAGACUUAGUAAAUCCUGUUUCAGAUGAUGGAAGCUCUGUAGCCAUUUACCUGCAGCAGCCUUUCAAAUACUUUGGACGCACAUUCAAUCAGAUCUAUGUGAACAACAAUGGUCACCUGACUUUUACUCAACCACUGUCUGCCUACGUUCCUUAUCUGAACGCUGGAAUAGACAUCAUUGCUCCUCUGUGGACAGACCUUAACAAUCGCAACGGUGGAACUAUCUCCUACAGAGAGGAUAGAAGUAGUGCUGUACUGGCACAAGUCACUCAAGCUGUUAACCAAUAUUUCCCUCACAUUGGUUUUACCGCUACAUCAGCCUUUGUUGCUACCUGGGACAGUGUGCCAUACUUCUCUGGUGGAGGGGAGGUUACUUUCCAAGUUGUUUUAGUCUCCAAUGGUGACCGCUCUUUCAUCCUGAUCAACUAUGGUGACAUUGCACAAACAGGUCAAGUUUGGCUGGCUGGUUAUGACACACUGGACUCUGUCAGUUCUUUCACAAUUCCAGCAGCCAGUGCCCCAGAACUCUCAUCCAGCAGUAAUAUCAAUGUGAAUGGUCGCUGGUCUUUCCGUGUUGAUGGUUUGCUAAAUUUGUGUGAUACUUGCACCGAACAUGAGGCUUGUCAAGAGAGAAGUGGUGUCUUAGGCUGUGUUUGCCUGGAUGGACAAAGACCAAAUCUUGAAAUAUUUGAUGCUGUGGAGUCCUGUGCCAGUAGCACUGGCUCCAUUUCUCUGUCCCGCUGCCAGCUCUUUGAAUCUGGUUUUUCUGCUGAGACCCUUCACCUAAAUGACCCAAGCUGCAGAGGGACCCUUGAGGAUGGCAGACUUUCGUUUAAUUUUGACAACGAAGACCACAUAUGUGGAACCACUCUGACAAGCAACAGGACUCACUUCAUCUACCAAAAUGCCAUUCAGUCUAACUUGAGAAGCAAUGAUCAGAGCAUCAUUUCAAGAGCAAGAUGGAUGAAUUUUACAUUCUCUUGUGCAUAUCCUCUGAUCCAGACACUAUCUAUGCCCAUGGGUAUCCGAGCUGAAGGCGGUGUGAUAAGUCAGGAGGUUCCUGGCCAGGGCAGCUAUGAGAUCCACAUGGUUCCUUACCAUGAUGCACAGUUUACUAGCCCAUAUGAAGGAGAGGUGGAAAUACAAGUGAACCAGCAGAUUUACGUGGCUGUUGAGGUUUUAGGAGUGGACAGAAGUCAAAUCGCAACAGUUCUGGACAGCUGCUGGGCAACACCUGUUAAUGAUAUUGACCAUGAUAUUCGCUGGAGUCUAAUCAUUAGAGAAUGCCCCAACCCUGAAGAUGGCACAGUGGAGGUUCUUCAGAAUGGUAUUGAUACAACAAGCCAUUUCUCCUUCAGGAUGUUCACCUUCUCAGGAAACUAUGACCGCAUCUUCCUGCACUGUCAAGUUCAUCUCUGCCUUGUAGAUAAUGGAAGAUGCGCACAGUCAUGCGAGGUUGGAUAUAGACGUAGAAGGCGCAGAUCUUUGGACUUCCAACACUCUGCAGCGGUCACCAUGGGUCUAUAA